CUUUGUCAGUACCCCAAACUGUCCCCGCAUGAGGUCACUCUGCACGGUCACGUGCUCGAGGCCACGGGAGCGCCACAUCGCCAGCCGCACCCCUCCACCCCCACUCUGCCCACGUGACCCGGCCUAGUUUCUCCAGGCCCAUCCCUACGCCUCACUCGUGAGGCCCCGCCCCACGCUGAGCGCUCCGCCCGCGACCCUCCGCCACUUACCCUCCCCUGCUCAAGCACGACCCGUGGACCCACGUGCUUUUUCUUGUCCAAUGGGAGCCGGCUCCCGGGGGCGAAGGGGCGGGGAGGAAAGGAACGACUGCGUUACGUUGCGAGAAGGGGCGGGACCUGCAACGUCGGACAGAACGAGGGGACGUAACGGAGGCAGGUCGGAGCCGCUGCCGUCGCCAUGACCCGCGGUAACCAGCGUGAGCUCGCCCGCCAGAAGAAUAUGAAAAAGCAGAGCGACUCGGUUAAGGGAAAGCGCCGAGAUGACGGGCUUUCUGCUGCCGCCCGCAAGCAGAGUGCCCCAUCAUCUCUACCCCCAGGGACUCGGAGAUCAUGCAGCAGAAGCAGAAAAAGGCAAACGAGAAGAAGGAGGAACCCAAGUAGCUUUGUGGCUUCGUGUCCAACCCUCUUGCCCUUCGCCUGUGUGCCUGGAGCCAGUCCCACCACGCUCGCGUUUCCUCCUGUAGUGCUCACAGGUCCCAGCACCGAUGGCAUUCCCUUUGCCCUGAGUCUGCAGUGGGUCCCUUUUGUGCUUCCUUCCCCUCAGGUAGCCUCUCUCCCCCUGGGCCACUCCCGGGGGUGAGGGGGUUACCCCUUCCCAGUGUUUUUUAUUCCUGUGGGGCUCACCCCAAAGUAUUAAAAGUAGCUUUGUAAUUCCUUGAGCGCCUGGUUUGACUGGGGACUUGGGGGGAUGGGGUUGGAGGAAUGACUGCCCUUUCCCACCAAAAAGGAAGAACUCUUUAGACUCAGAUUGUGGAUACAGGCUUAAUCAGUGAAACAUCACAGAAGCCUUUUAUUAUGCAAUGACAACCAAACAAGUACUCCGGAUAUGCGGUAGAGGAAUCCUCCAAGAACCAUAGAGACUUCUUUUCUGUGAUUUUUGUUCCCCACCCUUGAACACCAUCUCUAGGAUGGAGUUGGCCUAAGAGUGAAGGCUGCAAGAUCUGUGUUUAUGCCUCUCUUCCUCAUUCUUCCUCAGUUUGUUCGUCUACUUGAAAGUUGGCCAAAAAAUCCUGCUGCUCACCAACUUCCCAUGGUCAGCUGCUGUCAAGUGUUCACAUUCUCUUCUGUCAUUCCUCAUGGAAUGAGGGUGGUUUUGUCUUCCCGCUUCCCUUGACCUCAAGAUCAGGAUUAAAACCUGGGGUAGCUCUGUGCUC